GACAGCGACGCAGAGUUAAGAGAAAGCCAGCAGCCAAAAAAGCCAUCCAAACAAACAAACACAACACACAAACGAGAAGCAGAAGAAGAAGAAAUAGCCCUUUCUCUCUCUAAACAAACAUUUCUCUCUCUCCUUUAAAAGGCAUCGUUUGUGGUUUUAUUUUCUCUUCCCUCUCUCUCUCUCUCUAGAUAUCGCGUUUCUCUAUUACCUCAAUCUCGCUCUCUCUCCCUGUAUCUGUAUUCUCGAUCUCGAAACUCUCAACCAUGAGCGACGAAGGAGACAGGAUCUGUCCACUCUGCACAGAGGAGAUGGACUUGACUGAUCAACAAUUGAAGCCUUGCAAAUGUGGUUAUGAGAUAUGUGUUUGGUGCUGGCAUCAGAUAUUGGAAAUGGCAGCAAAAGAAGAUACAGAGGGGCGGUGCCCAGCGUGUAGGGUCCCUUACGACAAGGAGAAGAUAGUAGGGAUGGCUGCAAACUGUGAGAGAAUGGCUGAAAUCCAUAUUGAGCGAAAGAAAUCACAGAAGGCAAAGACAAAGUCAUCUGAAGGAAGGAAGCAGCUAGGCAGCGUGAGGGUGAUCCAGCGGAACCUUGUAUACAUAGUUGGGCUACCUCUUAACCUGGCAGAUGAAGAUCUUCUUCAGCGUAAAGAGUACUUUGGCCAAUAUGGGAAAGUCCAAAAGGUGUCCAUGUCUCGAACAGGAACUGGUGUCAUUCAACAGUUUCCUAACAAUACUUGUAGUGUGUAUAUAACUUACUCCAAGGAGGAAGAAGCGAUUCGCUGUAUCCAGUCUGUACAUGGGUUUGUGUUGGAUAGUAGAUCUUUAAAGGCAUGCUUUGGGACCACAAAGUAUUGUCAUGCAUGGCUAAGAAAUGUGCCCUGCACCAAUCCAGAUUGUUUAUACUUGCAUGAGAUUGGUUCGCAAGAAGAUAGCUUUACAAAAGAUGAGAUAAUAUCAGCAUUCACCAGGAGUAGAGUGCAACAAAUUACCGGUGCCACAAAUAACAUGCAGCGGCGUGCAGGGAGUAUGCUGCCUCCACCUUUAGAUGAUUAUAGCUGCAAUGGCUCUGCUUCUGCACCAAAACCCAUAGUAAAAAUUACUUCAAAUACUACAACCAGUACAUCUAAAAGCUCACCUCCAAAUGGAAGCUCGGGUAGAUCUCUUGCUCUUCCUGCUGCAGCCUCAUGGGGCACACGUGCUACUAACCAGCCACAAGCUGCUAGUUCUACAUCUUCAAAUGGAUCUACUAAGCUUAAGUCAGACACUAUUAAUGGCCCAUUUGCAUUCUCAUUAGCAGUUACAAGCUCAUGUCAGGCUUCUACAUUACAUAGUGAUGUUGUAAAAAGGACACCUUGGGGUGACGACGGCCAACCUAUUAAUGGUAAAAUCAAAUCAGAUCCUUUGAAACCUGCAAAACAGAAUGUUGAUGUAGAUUUUCGAGCCACUAUACUAGAAAAACCAGCUGCAGAUGAUGAUAGUGAUACUGCUACUGUAACUUUAAGUAAUCAGUCUUCCAGUCCAACAUCUAAGCAUGAUGAAUGGGGCUCAUCUUUGGUGUCAAAUGGUACAGACUCUUUUGUUCAUACAGUGCCUUCUAGUGAAAAGCGGGGGGUUGCUGCAAUUGAUAUGGCAUCACUAAAGGUUGAUGAUAAUGUUACAAGUGAAGUUUCUGGUAUAACUAGAACUAGUAGUUCACUUACAGAUCACAGUAUUAUGAAAUUGCCUGGGAGUCCAGGGUUACAGCAACCAUUUGCUGAUCAAUAUGGAGAACCCUUACCUUCACCAGCAAUAGAGAAAACCUCCGGUCCUCGAGAUCAGUCUGAUUGGACAACAGAUCCACAAAUUCAAACAGCUACGGAUACUGUGUCCGAAGUUGAGGAAGAUAUAAUAUCAUUUGAUAAUCAGAGACUCAAAGAUCCAGAAGUUGUGAGCCGCACAAGUUAUCUGCCCAAUUCAGCUAAUUCACUGCAUGUUCCAAGUCAUUCUAGGUCUCAUUCCCUUCAACUUAAUGAGCCUUUUGGUGGUGUUAGUGUAAAUGCUGACCCUAUAUUUCUAGAUAAUAGAGUUGGUGAUCGAACACUUCUGAAUGCAUCUAGUCAUACUGUAAUAGCAAAUGGAUACCCUCAGAAACUUAUAAGCAGUUCUGCUGGUUUAAAUAGAAACAUGGAGCACUCCUGUCUUUCAAAUGAAGUGGAAAGGAAGCCUAUGGGAAGAUUACAGGGUGAUGUUACUUCCUUAGAUGCGGGUGAGAACAGCAUAAUUUCAAAUAUAUUAUCUCUAGAUCUUGAUUCAUGGGAUGAAUCAUUAACUUCGCCUCAGCAUUUGGCAAAAUUGCUGGGUGAAACUGAUAAACAGUCCAAUUCUCUCAAAAUAUCAAGUUCUUGGAAAGGUCAAAAUAACCAUCAGUCGAGGUUCUCUUUUGCAAGGCAGGAGGAAUCGAGAAAUCAAGGAGUUGACGCCGAUACAUCUUUCAAUGUUUUCGGGCAGCUGCAAAAGAACCUUCCAUUUGGUCAGGAUUUUUCUGAAAGUAGACUGGCUUACUUAGAUAAAUUUGAGGUGGGAAACGGUUUCUCUUCCAGUAAUUUUGAUGAAUCUGAAGCUUUUGUCAAUGGCUCUUCAGUUUUUUCUUCUAGUAAGUCUUCUGGAGUUGCAAGAACUCAAAUUUCUGCCCCACCUGGGUUCUCUGUGCCUAACCGAGCUCCACCUCCAGGCUUCUCUUCUCAUGAAAGGAUGGACCAGAUUUUUGAUACUAUGUCUGGGGGUCAUUUGCUCGACUCUUCUUCCUUGCUAAGAAAUCCAUAUCAAGCAGCCCCACCUGGAAAUAUUAGUAGCAGUGGGGAUAUUGAAUUCAUGGAUCCUGCAAUUUUGGCAGUUGGUAAAGGGAGACUUCAAGGUGGGCUUAACACUCAGGGUUUGGACAUGAGAUCAAAUUUCCCCCAACAGUUAAGUGCAUUUGAGAAUGACCCACGACUUCAGCUGUUGAUGCAAAGAUCUCUCUCACCACAUCAGAACUUGAGAUACGCUGACAUUGGGGAUAACUUUUCUUCUCUUAACGAUUGUUAUGGAAUUUCUUCGAGGCUUGUGGACCAAUCACAAAUGGGUAAUUUAUCUCCUUUUAUGCAAAUGUCCCUUCAGCAUUCUAGGAAUGGGCUCAUGUCAAAUGGGCACUGGGAUGGCUGGAAUGAGCUUCAGGGUGCAAACAAUCUAGGUGUGGCAGAAUAUCUUCGUAAUGAGAGGUUAGGGUUGAACAAAUUCUAUAGUGCUGGGUAUGAAGAUUCAAAGUUUAGGAUGCCAAAUUCAGGAGACUUGUAUAACAGAACAUUUGAGAUGUAAACCUUGAUGGCGUGGAAAAUUUUAAUCAGCUAGAUAUGGUUAACUGAGAAGCACGAGUGACAUAUAUGCAGUUAUGUGGCCUUGUACUGACUGAUGGGACUGACUCAUUACUGGUCUCUUUGAGCAGCCUGAUGAAGGAUAAGCUCCCGAAAAUCGGGGUCUUGAAGGCAGCAGGUGAAGGAUCUACAUAGGAUUUGAAGAUUGUAUUAUGAUAAGCUGUAUAUUGUCAAACUGGCAGGUUGAUUGAUCCUCCAGACGGAUAAGUCUAUGUACUUGAGCAUAUUACAAUGAUUAGCUCUUGCUCCAUUAUCAGCAGAUAUAGAGAACAUAAAUAUUACUUCUGAGCAGCCACCACAUUGUUAAUGCAAUAAGCCUAGGGAUGUACUUGUCGUAUUCGUUGCGCUAUGUGCUUCUGUCCCAGAGGAUACCUCCUUCACCAGUAGCAGUCUUCUGGAGUCCAUAUUUUCCUAUGCCAUGUUGGCUGGAUCCAAUUAUAGAUCCAGACACCUUCAUGCAGACUCCUGAAUCUACAUUUUUAAUACCAAGCUUUACCUCAUUAGGUCUAUUUUCCACCAUGGACUAGACCUAUUUUAAGCAUUAUUUUUUCAGUCUCCGGUUCAGUCCUCAUUUGCAAUUGAAAUCGGAAAUUUUUCUGGGCGAGUUUGAUGCGGCAUCAUAUGCUGGUGAUAAUGGUAUUGAAGGUUCUGAUACUAGUGUUGAGGAUACUUGACAAUGUGAUGAAUCUGAAAACGAUGGAGUUCAACACCAACCGGAUCAAGCAAGAGAUUCUUCUUUCAUUAACAUGAAUACUACAUGUAGGAAUACUCGAAGAGCUAUAGGCCUAAGAACAAGUACUCGAUCCAACGACUGUAGAACAUGAAUACUGUUUCUUUCGUAUAUGUUAUGUGAAUAGGUGCCUACCAUUUUAUGUAACUAAACAAUGUAUAAUGUACAUUCUACUAGCUUUUUCAUGCUGUAAUUUUCUUUUUAUACGAAUGAAAUUUUCUCCCUGUUGCGUUCUGCUUGGAAA